AUGGGACGUACGAUUAAAAUUGCUUUGAUAUUAGGAUCGAUCGGUAUCGUAGUCGCAGCAGCGGUCGCUACUGCACUAACUCUUUAUUUCAAACGAAAAACUGACCCAACAACUAUUUCAAACAAUACAACAGUACAACAAAGUACAACAACGAGUGGAUUCAUGGGCGUUAACGUUUCUACAAAUAGAGUGAACACGACGAUUUAUGAUGCAAGCCGUACUACUGGUAUCACCAACCCAACAACAACGUUGAUCAGUACAAUAAGCAGUACGCGAAUGAGCGUAAGCACGACUCAAGCGGCAUUCGUUAAUAAUACAGUUUCUCAAUAUUCAUCGGCGUUGACCAUUUCCAGUCAAACAUUCUGCCGAAGUGGUAGUUGUUCGGACGCAAAACAAUAUUUUGAAGCUUUUCGAUUGACUGUACUUGCCACUGGUCCGUAUUCUAUGAAAUCGAGUGGCAAUUUAGAUACAUAUGGGUAUCUAUACAGUGGUACCUUUGAUCCGUUCAAUCCAACUACCAAUUUAGUCACUUCCAAUGAUGAUGAUGGUGGCAAUCGGCAAUUUAUGAUGAAUGCUACUCUCCAAACAUCAGUACAAUAUAUCAUCGUGGUGACAUCGUAUUAUACAUUUAAUUUAGGACCUUAUACAGUAACUGUUACUGGUCCUGGGUCAGUGGCGCUAUCGUUAAUGAAUAUAACAGGUCUAACAACUCAACGAUCAUUGUAUUUAUCAACAUUGAACAAUAGCAGUGCAACAUUCUGCCGGGUUGGAAAUUGCUCCAAUGGUCUAUAUUAUUACUACACAGCACUUCGUCUCAAUGUAAGUACGAAUGGGACGUAUUACAUUGUAUCAUAUAACAACUUUUAUGCCUAUGGAUACAUUUACAAUAGUAGCUUUAUGGCUUCUGCUCCGGAUACAAAUUUUCUUAUAAGCAAUGAGGAUGGCGCUGGCUAUGGUGCAUUUCUCUUAUCCACAAAUAUCAGUCCGAUAUCAUCUUAUGUACUAGUUGUCACCACAUAUUCGACUAAUGUAACUGGUCCAUAUGCAGUGAUUGUCUAUGGGAAAGGAACUGUUAGUUUCUCCGUUGGAUAG